AUGGUCAGAGAGGGAGACGGACGGUUGCCUUCCACUCUGCCCCGUCUUCUCUCCCUUCUAACCGCACUAUCAUCCUCGGGCCAGACGUGCGCGUUUUUCCGCGGAGAAAGGGCGAAAUCUGGGGUAAAGAUCUCUCCCUAGUGGGUCCGGGCCAAUAUUUUUGAGUCCAAUACCUUAAUUUGGUCGUGUUAGAGUUUUGAUCUGUCCGUUUGUUUCCCGCCUCAAUUUUCAACGAUUUUUUUUUGUUUUCAGUGGGCAAAAAAUCUUCUUUCUGCGCCAACCGCUAGCACAAACCAAUCCGGUAAGAACUUCGUCGAGUACGGCCAGGAUUAUUUAGGUAGAUAUCCGGACAGUUUGUAGGGAUGGGGUCUGGAAAACGAUACGGGCGAAUUUCCUUUUUCUUUCAGGGUCUGAACAAGUCAAAUCAAGGGGAAUUCACGAGGCAGCCAUCCAUCCUUCCAAAAAUAUAUUCCAAGCCAUUCCCGAGUUAUAA